AUGAAUCAGAACAAUGCAGGCCAAACAGAAAACCUAGAGGUGCUACUUUUCGACCUAGAUAAGAUUGUUAAAACCGCUAACAACUUUUCAAGAAGCAACAAGCUUGGUGAAGGUGGUUUUAGACCUUUUUACAGGUUACAUGGCAACCGAAUAUGCCAUAUGGGUGGGCUGUUCUCCGUGAAGUCUGAAGUCUUUAGCUUUGUUAUUCUACUGUUGAUCAUAAUUGGAAAGAAAAACAGAGGUUUCUAUCAUCUAGAAACUAGUGGUAACCUUAUUGGAUAUGCUUGGAAACUGUGGAAAGAAGGCAGGCCUUUAGAACUUAUCAGUCCAAUCUUAAGCGACUCAAGCAAUCUUUCAAAGGAGUUGGACAGCAUCCAUGUUGGUCUUUUGUGUGUGCAAGAGCACCCUGAAGACAGAUCAAGCAUGUCUUAUGUGGUUUUCAUGUUGGGCUGCGAUAAUGCUUUGCCUGAGCCCAAGCAACCUGGUUUCUCAUUAGGUAAAGACAAUGUUGCAGGAGAUUCUUCAUCGAACAAACUUGAAUCUUCUUCAACCAAUGAAAUUACUGUAACUCUUUUAGAGCUUCGAUAG